ACUUCCGGAAGUGCUCCCUGCUCCUUACCGCCAAAGUCGCAGCUCUAGUUACUGAACCCCAGAGUCACAAGAUCACUUCCGGGUGAUGCUCCAGGGUCACAAGCUGCGAUUGGGCAACUGUAGACAGGACACUUCCGGUGUUCAGGUGCUGGGUUCCCUGGCAGGAAGGGAAAGAUGGAGCCCUGCACCGUGGCCCGUGCUUGGUCCCACUUAGGGCUGCUGCUGCUGUUGUCCUUACUGGGCUCGGUCUGCGCGAGCGGUCCCCGCACCCUAGUGUUGCUGGACAACCUCAACCUGCGGGAGACGCACUCGCUUUUCUUCCGGAGCCUGAAGGACCGGGGCUUUGAGCUCACGUUCAAGACCGCCGAUGACCCUAGCCUGUCUCUCAUUAAGUACGGGGAGUUCCUCUAUGACAAUCUUAUCAUCUUCUCUCCCUCGGUAGAAGAUUUUGGAGGCAACAUCAACGUGGAGACCAUCAGUGCCUUCAUUGAUGGUGGAGGCAGUGUCCUGGUUGCUGCCAGCUCCGACAUUGGUGACCCUCUCCGGGAGCUGGGCAGUGAGUGUGGGAUCGAGUUUGAUGAAGAGAGAACGGCUGUCAUUGACCAUCACAACUAUGAUGUCUCAGACCUUGGCCAGCAUACGCUCAUCGUGGCUGACACUGAGAACCUGCUGAAGGCCCCAACCAUUGUUGGGAAGGCAUCUCUAAACCCCAUCCUCUUCCGAGGAGUUGGGAUGGUGGCUGAUCCUGACAAUCCCUUGGUUCUGGACAUCCUGACUGGCUCUUCCACCUCUUACUCCUUCUUCCCAGAUAAACCCAUCACCCAGUACCCCCAUGCGGUGGGAAAGAACACCCUCCUCAUUGCUGGACUCCAGGCUAGGAACAAUGCCCGGGUCAUCUUCAGCGGCUCCCUGGAUUUCUUCAGCGAUGCUUUCUUCAACUCAGCUGUGCAGAAGGCCACACCUGGUGCCCAGAGGUUUUCCCAGACAGGCAACUACGAGCUAGCUGUGGCCCUGUCCCGCUGGGUGUUCAAGGAAGAGGGCGUCCUUCGUGUGGGGCCUGUGUCCCAUCACCGGGUGGGCGAGACAGCCCCACCCAAUGCCUAUACUGUCAGUGACCUGGUGGAGUACAGCAUCGUGAUUGAGCAGCUCUCCAAUGGCAAGUGGGUCCCCUUUGAUGGUGAUGACAUUCAGCUGGAGUUUGUCCGCAUUGAUCCUUUUGUGAGGACAUUUUUGAAGAGGAAAGGUGGCAAAUACAGUGUCCAGUUCAAAUUGCCUGAUGUGUACGGUGUGUUCCAGUUUAAAGUAGAUUACAACCGGCUUGGCUACACCCACCUGUACUCUUCCACUCAGGUGUCAGUGAGGCCACUCCAGCACACACAGUACGAGCGCUUCAUCCCCUCGGCCUAUCCCUACUAUGCCAGCGCCUUCUCCAUGAUGGCAGGGCUCUUCAUCUUCAGCAUCGUCUUCUUACACAUGAAGGAGAAGGAGAAGUCUGACUAAGCGGCCAGAGCCCAGACUCCACACAGCAGGGAGGCAGAGGAUUUUUUUAGGGCGAGUUGGUGGGGUUUUUUUUUUUUUUUUUUUUUCCUAAAGUCGUGGGAAAUGGCACAGUCUUACCUCAGUGGGGGACGCAGCACUGAGUACCAAGGGGCGGGGGCCAGAGAAUAAUUUUUAUGUAAGUUUUCCACCUUGAAUUGCUAUGUGACAUUUUUCAUAAGUGCAGUCACUCCCAUUUCUAAAAUAAAAGAGAAACGUCCUCACAUGUCACUUGGUCCCCUGUCAUGCCUUGCCAGAUAGAAACACUGUUCAGGAAUGACUACAUGAACUACUAAGUGGUUUCUUUCAAUUUUGCAAAGACUGGCCUGUCUCAACUAUUAAAUGAAAGUGAAUCCUAACUUCUCUGGGGCUAAAAUAGUUGACACAGUUCAGGGAGCUGGGAAUGUCUGGAACAGGAGCUCGAGAAUGACAGCUCUGGACUGACUGAGAAUUGUGUGGUUGAAAAGAACUUCAAUUCUGUGUUCCCCUUGCU